CCUUUUUCUUCUCCCCCUGCCCCGCCUGCCCCUUUUACUCCUUCCCCGGAGGGCUUUCUCUCUUCAAGUGUGGGAGCGGCGGCAGCGGCGACCGCGGAUGCAUCCAGUGUUUGCGUCCAGAUUCUAUUGAUCUGAUCCAAGGUAUCUUGUGACUGCUGGCUGGAAUCAAGAUUCUUCAGCUUGUCUCUAACCGAGGAAACAUUGAUUGGGACCUACUCAUUCAGAAAAUUAAAAGAAAGAAACCAGAACAUAUUAUCAACCCUUUGAAAACACAGCUUAACAAACUUUACCAUUUUACCACUUUCUUGAAAAGGAGAGGUCACAGGGCAUUAAAGAAUGGCAGAUGAUCGGAAAGACGAAGCAAAGACACCUCACUGGACCUCAGCUCAACUAACAGAGGCAUCUGCACACCCACAUCCGCCUGAGAUUAAGGAUCAAGAUGGGGCAGGGGAAGGACUUGUCCGAAGCGCUAAUGGAUUCCCAUACAGAGAGGAUGAAGAGGGCGCCUUUGGAGAGCGUGAGCCACAGGGCACCUAUUCAGAUACCAAAGAGAAUGGGAUUAACGGAGAACUGAGUUCAGCCGACAGAGAAACAGCAGAGGAGGUAUCUGCAAGGAUAGUUCAAGUAGUCACUGCUGAGGCUGUAGCCGUCCUGAAAGGUGAACAAGAAAAGGAAGCUCAACAUAAAGACCAGCCUGCAGCUCUGCCUUUAGCAGCUGAAGAGACAGCUAAUCUGCCUCCUUCUCCACCCCCAUCACCUGCCUCAGAACAGACUGUCACAGUAGAGGAAGAUUUAUUUACAGCCUUGAAGAUGGAGUUCCAUGAUCAACAGGAAUUGAGUCCUUCUACAACCGAGCCAUUAGACCAGAAAGCAAAGGAGUCAGAAAAGCAAAGUAAGCCUGGUGAAGACCUUGAAAAUGCUGCCUUAGUUUCUCAGCCUGAGACGACUAAAACAUCCCCUGAUGAAAAGGACAUACAAGGCAAAGAAGAAGAAAAAGUACCUCCCAGUCUAUUUGGGCACACUCUUGAUGCUAGUCCAGAAGACUUAAAACAGAAGACAGAACCAAGCCUAGUAGUACCUGGCAUUGGCAUCCCUGCAGAGCCUCCAGCUCAAAAAGAGCAGAAGGACUGGUUCAUUGAAAUGCCAAUGGAAGCCAAAAAGGAUGAGUGGGGUUUAGUUGCUCCAGUAUCUCCUGGUCCCCUAACACCAAUGAAGGAAAAAGAUGUGCUUGAAGAUAUCCCAAAAUGGGAAGGGAAACAAUUUGACUCUCCCAUGCCAAGUCCCUUUCAAGGUGGAAGCUUCACUCUUCCUUUAGAUGUCAUGAAGAAUCAAAUAGUUGCAACAACAUCACCCUUCCCUCCUGUCCUUUUACAGCCAGAUAACAAAAAAUCUCUGGAAGAAGCCAGUGGCCCAGAGACUGCCAAAGAUACUUCCAAAGUUGAAGAAACCCUUAUGGAUAAACCUGACAAAACAGCAGAAACACCAACCUCAGUGGCAAUUACCUCACCCAAGGACACUGACAUUCCUAUUAUGGAAGAAUGUAUCACAGAGAAAGUUUCAGGGGAAGAAAAGGGGGCUAUAAAGGAAGAAAGUAUGCAGAAAGAAGAGACUUCCACCCCCAGUGGACAGGAACCUGCGCUUACUGAAAAGGAAUCUCAGCUAAAGUUUGAAGAAAAAAUUACCAUCCCUGACAAAGAAGCUGUGCCAAAAGACAGCGAACCUCCAAAACUGACAGAUGAUGAAACAGGCAUAAUUCAGACCACCACAGACCAUACUGUCUCAAAAGAAGAACAGAAAGGUCGAGAGCCUACCACAGAUAUGUUAAAACAGGACUCAUUCCCUCUAAGUCUGGAGCAAGCAGUUACAGAUUCAGCCAUGACCUCUAAAACAUUGGAGAAAGUGUUGACUGAACCAUGUGCACUAAGUGAAAAGAGUUCAAUCCAGGAACUAUUUGAAGAGAAAGUUGCUGACAAAGAUAAGGUCGAAAGGGUCGGGGCUGCAACAUCAUCUGAGCUUGACCUGCCAUUUUAUGAAGAUAAGUCAGGGAUGUCCAAGUACUUUGAAACAUCUGCCUUGAAAGAAGAAGUGACAAAAAGCAUUCAGCCAGGCAGUGAUUACUAUGAACUGAGUGACACAAGAGAAAGUGCCCAUGAGUCUUUUGAUACUAUAUCUCCCAUGUAUAAAAAUGGUGAGGAGGAAAUUCAGGCAGAAAAAGAACACCAACCCCAUGCUGCAGCACAAGAAACAGGGUACAGCACUCUUGCACAGAGUUAUCCAUCUGAUUUACCUGAAGAACCCAGUUCUCCUCAAGAAAGAAUGUUCACUAUUGAUCCAAAAGUGUAUGGGGAGAAAAGGGAUCUCCACAGUAAGAAUAAGGAUGAUUUGACACUAAGCAGAAGUUUAGGACUUGGUGGUAGGUCUGCAAUAGAACAAAGAAGCAUGUCAAUCAAUUUGCCCAUGUCUUGCCUCGAUUCCAUAGCCCUUGGAUUUAACUUUGGUCGGGGACAUGAUCUUUCUCCUCUGGCUUCUGAUAUUCUAACCAAUACUAGUGGAAGUAUGGAUGAAGAAGAUGAUUACCUUCCUGCCACAACACCUGCACUGGAGAAAGCCCCUUGCUUCCCAACAGAAAGCAAAGAGGAAGAAGAAAAGAUACAGGAAGAAAAAGCUACAGGAGAGGAAAAUAUUCAAGCUGACACAUCAUGUGAGUCGCCUUUCCUAGCCAAAGAUUAUUAUAAAAAUGGGACUGUCAUGGCCCCUGACUUGCCAGAAAUGCUAGAUCUGGCCGGCACGAGGUCAAGAUUAGCUUCCGUUAGUGCAGAUGCUGAGGUUGCAAGGAGGAAAUCAGUCCCAUCAGAGACUGUGAUUGAGGAGAGUACUGGUUUGCCCCCAGUGACUGAUGAAAACCAUGUCAUUGUAAAAACGGACAGUCAGCUGGAGGAUCUGGGCUACUGCGUGUUCAAUAAAUACACAGUCCCACUCCCAUCACCUGUUCAAGACAGUGAGAAUUUAUCAGGGGAGAGUGGUUCCUUUUAUGAAGGCACUGAUGAUAAAGUUCGAAGAGAUUUAGCCACAGACCUUUCUUUGAUUGAAGUCAAACUGGCAGCUGCUGGAAGAGUCAAAGAUGAGUUCAGCGCUGAGAAAGAAACAUCCCCGCUUAUGUCAGGACUGGGUAGGGAGCUUGAUCAGGAAAAGAAAACAAAUGAUAAGCUGGAUACUGUACUAGAAAAAAGUGAAGAACAUGUUGAUUCAAAAGAACAUGCCAAGACAACAGAAGAGGCUACUGAUAAAGUUGAAACAUUUGAAUUAGGAGUCACCGAUGAACAACCUUUGGCCAAAGAACUGGCAGUAUCAAAAGAUACAUUACCUCCCAUGGCUGAGAAAACAGAGGAAAGUCUGAGCUCAGUACUAGAGGUAGCUGAGGUAGAACCAUCCAAAAAAGCUGAACCAAAACUGGAUUUUGCUGCAGAGAAAGCUGACCAGGGUCAAUUAGAUGUUGAAAUCAGUGACUUUGGACAGACCACCGCGGAGCUAACCGUGGGUGCUGGAAUGGGAAUAGAGCUUAAACUCGAGGAAACCCAAAAGGACCUGGCUCCCUCGUCCAAAAUGCCUCAGGAGGCAGAUGCAUUUAUGGAUGUUGAGUCUGGCCACAUGAAAGAAGGCACCAAAGUGAGUGAGACAGAAGUCAAAGAGAAGGUGGCCAAGCCUGACUUGGUACACCAGGAGGCUGUAGACAAAGAGGAGUCCUAUGAGUCUAGUGGUGAACAUGAAAGCCUCACCAUGGAGUCUUUGAAACCUGAUGAGGGCAAGAAGGAAACAUCCCCAGAGUCAUCUCUAAUUCAAGACGAGAUUGCCAUCAAACUCUCAGUGGAAAUACCCUGUGCAUCUGCUGUUUCAGAGACUGAUUUAGCCACAGAUGAAAGAGCCGAUAUCCAGAUGGAAUUUAUUCAGCUGCCAAAAGAAGAAAGCAAAGAGACCCCAGAUAUAUCUAUCACGCCCUCGGAUGUUACAGAGCCGUUGCUUGAAAGGGUUGUGUCUGAACCAGCAGAGGCUCAGAGUGAGGAAGAAGAGAUAGAAGCCCAGGGAGAAUACGAUAAGCUGCUCUUUCGCUCAGAUACCCUUCAGAUUACCGACCUGGGUGUCCCAGGUGUCAGGGAAGAAUUCGUGGAGACCUGCCCCGGUGAACACAAAGGAGUAAUUGAGUCAGUUGUAACCAUUGAGGAUGAUUUCAUCACUGUAGUGCAAACCACAACCGAUGAAGGGGAGUCUGGUUCUCACAGUGUACGUUUUGCAGCCCUAGAACAGCCUGAGGUGGAAAGGAGACCCUCUCCUCAUGAUGAAGAAGAAGUCGAAGUAGAAGAGGCAGCUGAAGCCCAGGCAGAACCCAAGGAUGGCUCCCCAGAGGCUCCGGCUUCCCCUGAGAGAGAAGAGGUUGCACUCUCAGAAUAUAAGACAGAAACCUAUGACGAUUACAAAGAUGAGACCACCAUUGAUGACUCCAUCAUGGAUGCUGACAGCCUCUGGGUGGACACUCAAGAUGAUGAUAGGAGCAUCAUGACAGAACAGUUAGAAACUAUUCCUAAAGAGGAGAAAGCUGAAAAGGAAGCUCGGAGAUCAUCUCUUGAGAAACAUAGAAAAGAAAAGCCCUUUAAAACCGGGAGAGGCAGAAUUUCCACUCCUGAAAGAAAAAUAGCUAAAAAGGAACCUAGCACAGUCUCCAGAGAUGAAGUGAGAAGGAAAAAAGCAGUUUAUAAGAAAGCUGAACUUGGUAAAAAAACAGAAGUUCAGGCCCACUCUCCCUCCAGGAAAUUCAUUUUAAAACCUGCUAUCAAAUAUACUAGACCAACUCAUCUCUCCUGUGUUAAGCGGAAAACGACAGCAGCGGGUGGUGAAUCAACUCAGGCUCCCGGUGUAUUUAAACAGGCAAAGGACAAAGUCUCCGAUGGAGCUACCAGGAGCCCAGAAAAGCGUUCUUCUUUGCCAAGACCUUCCUCCAUUCUCCCUCCUCGCCGAGGUGUAUCAGGAGACAGAGAUGAGAAUUCUUUCUCUCUCAACAGUUCCAUCUCCUCUUCAGCACGACGGACCACCAGGUCAGAGCCAAUUCGCAGAGCAGGAAAAAGUGGCACCUCAACACCCACUACCCCUGGAUCAACCGCCAUCACUCCUGGCACACCACCAAGUUAUUCUUCACGCACACCAGGCACUCCUGGAACCCCUAGCUACCCCAGGACCCCACACACACCAGGAACCCCCAAAUCUGCCAUCUUGGUGCCCAGUGAGAAGAAGGUCGCCAUCAUACGUACUCCUCCAAAAUCUCCCGCUACUCCCAAGCAGCUUCGGCUUAUUAACCAGCCACUGCCAGACCUGAAAAAUGUCAAGUCCAAAAUCGGAUCAACCGACAACAUCAAAUACCAGCCUAAAGGCGGGCAGGUACAAAUUGUUACCAAGAAGAUAGAUCUCAGCCACGUGACAUCCAAAUGCGGCUCUCUGAAGAACAUCCGCCACAGGCCAGGUGGUGGGCGUGUGAAAAUUGAGAGUGUAAAACUGGAUUUCAAAGAAAAGGCCCAAGCUAAAGUCGGUUCACUCGACAAUGCUCACCAUGUCCCUGGAGGCGGUAAUGUCAAGAUUGACAGCCAGAAGUUGAACUUCAGAGAGCAUGCGAAGGCCCGUGUGGACCACGGGGCUGAGAUCAUUACGCAGUCGCCAGGCAGAUCCAGCGUGGCAUCACCCCGACGACUCAGCAACGUCUCGUCUUCUGGAAGCAUCAACCUGCUCGAAUCCCCUCAGCUCGCCACUUUGGCCGAGGAUGUCACUGCUGCACUCGCUAAGCAGGGCUUGUGAAUAUUCCUUUUAGCACUGAAGUCACAAUAUUUAGGCAUGAGCUCUUAGCAGGAGUGGGCUCUGAGCAGGUGUUACAUUCAUUCUUUACAAACCAUAAAAUAAAUAAUCUCAUCCCCAAACUUAAAUAAUUGUUACAAUUUUAUAAAAAAAAAAAUGAAUAGAAUAUGCAGAAAUUGACCUGAUUUCCAUUUGCAACAGGAAGACACUGGCUUUACAUGGGUACAAUUGGAAAAUUAUUUUUGCUCUGCUCUGUUUUGCAUGGAGUAUUAUGAUUUUAAAAAUUGCAUUUUUACCUUUCAUGUGCCUGAAGGCUAUCCACUACGUUCCGAAGGGCCUUGUUAAAAUCCAUGCUGCUCAUUUCAUUAUUCUGUUUAUGGGUGAAAAAAUAAAAGCCGCCCAAUGUAACUUAUUACAGGUUAAAUUAAAUCAAGAAGUUUAAUUGCAGGAAGGGACGAGCAUGUAAGAAAUAACCAGUUUUUUUAAAAGUGUUAUUUUGUAUAAAUGGGAAGAAAGAUUCAAUUAAGUUAUUAACAUUUGGGACCUGGAUAAUUAUAUCAGAGUAUAAGUGAAUCCAAUAAAUUAUUUAACUAAUUAAAAAAUAGUUACAAAGCAUUUGAGCUGUGGUUGAGAAAGUGGCAUAAAAGUGCAUCUCUUAGGAUUGAAGCACUUUCGAUAUGAUGGACUCAUGUCUGAUUAGAAUGUCAGGUGAUCGGCUAGAUUUGUGUCCACACUACCAGUUUCACACCCCCUUCCAUCUGUUUGAUACAGUAUUAUAGAUAUAAAUAUAUAUAUAUUUCUCUGUGGCCAUUUGUGAUACUUCCUCAUAUACUUGAAUAUUAUACUUCUUUAUUCACAGUAUCUGUGUCUCCUGCACCCUUUGGUGUUGCAAUUUUAGGUAUGUGAAAGUAGAUGUUAGCAGGAUUCUUUCCCUACUUAAAAAAAAAAAUUAAAAAAGAUAAAAAUUUUAGCAUGAAGUUGCUUUCUGUAACAACUCAAAGCUGUAACCCUGUUUUAG